GGCCGUUAAAACGUGUUAGCCCGCUAAAUACAAACUAAAUCUUGGAAGAUGCAAGUUUUGAACUAUUCGUACUCGCUUUUUCUCCGUGUAGCUGCUUAAUAACACUCCUAAGCAAUGUGUUAACUUGCAUUUAUUACAGUUGGUACGAUUAAGAAACGUUGAGUUCAACUUCCAUCAGCAAUGAAUUCGAGCGUGAGGUCAGAAGCUCUUGAUCCAUCAGUGGGCAGCUUUAGACAUGUGUUCCGCGGAAUAGAAUACGUUGUAACCCUCAUGAUAGACAGCGAUAAAGAAACAUUUAUCCUUGAAGUAGAAGACAGACUUACAUCUGAUCAAUGGAGAGGACAAUUUGACGCUAGAUGUAAGUUGAAAGUGAAUGUACAACACGUUAUUGUGGAAUUCAGAGUGUUUGUAAUGUUUGAUGUAGAUGUUUAAACACCUCGCAUCAAGGGAAAAGGAAAAUGACGAAUUGUUUUAACAAAUAAAAAAGUGAAUCGGCUACAUGCCAAAAAUAGUCUAAAAACUAAUGCAGUAACCAAGAACCAACCUUUAAAAUUCAAAGCCUACUGAUAAUUAACUUCAACCAACUGAUUAAAAUUGACUUUGAUCAGGGUAGGGCAGGAUGGCUCCUCUGACGGCUUUGAUUGGGUUCCUGAUGGCCCUGAACCUUCCUCUACAAAUUUUUAUCAAAGUCAACCAGGAUAAGCUUUUAACUAAACAGUACUGUAAUUAAACCAAAGGUUCACUGAACUCAUAACAUAGUCUAUUACUGAAAACAAAAUUAUGGAUGUCUCAGCAGGCUGCUUUGAUAAAACUUUUGUUCAUAUUAAUCAUAUGUAUUGCCUAAUGAUGAACUCCAAACAAGAAGGAGAUAACUUCAAAAGUGACUGUGAUUAGGGCACUUGCAUAUGUUAAAACAUUGUUGGCGUAUGCUUGUUUCAUAAUCAGGUUCAAAUACAUGUUAGUUUCUUCUUUUCUUCACUCUAACGAAGGGCUAACACUCAAAAUGUCAGCUUUUUUACCUUUUACGGUGGCUAGUUUACAUUUUCAACUCAGUUGUUAACACUAAAUUACCUGCUAUACUCUCCUACCAAUGCAGCACCACAGUUUCUUUAGAAACUUCCCCCCUUUAUGUACUUAUGUUCCAUGUUAGAGUUGAAGAGUUGAAGAGUUGAAGAGUUGACAGCUGACAUCAUGAAAGGGACUAAUGGUUUUGAUUCCAUGAAAGCAAAAGUGUUGACUUCUACAAGUCUUUUAUAUUUUAGUUUUGAAUAAGAGUGGAAGGGUAGCAAUGUGUGCGUUAUUAUAACAGUGAAGUGGCUGCUUAUUUUUCAGAUAUUGAAGAUUUGACUCACAAGACUGGAAACUUUAAACAGUUUACAGUUUUUGUGAAUAUGCUUGAGAGUGCUCUUGCAAAGGUAAGUAUAUUUAUUUUUUGCACAUUGAAAUGCUGCUCAUAAAAUCCUUUUUAUUCUUUCAACACGCACUCUCUUAGACUAGGAGCAGUCCCUCCUUUUCAGCGAAGUAUGUCAAGCAAGUCCAAAAAAAUCAGUGAAAAAUUAAAAAAGGAAAGUGGUAAGCAGCACACUGUGCAGAAAUCUGGAAUUAAAACAGAGUUCCUUGCAGCCCGCUAACUACCAUCUUUUCCCACUUUUCUAUUUGGACUUGCAUAACAAACUUUCCUGAGUAGGAGGGACAGCUCAUAGUUUAACACAUUUUGAUCACCAGGAUGAGAUAUGGAGGUUAUUGUAGAUUUGAUUGAGGCCAUGACUGACUGAUUCAAAGGUCGGAUAUCAGAUUUUUAAAAAGAGGCAAUGAAGAUAUGCUUGACCUGCUGGCUCCAACUGACAUCUAUGGUCCGAACUAGAAAUAAUUUAAAAGUAUGAUACUAUCUUGAAAGUGGCCAGGUAGAUUUGAAUGAAUCCUACGAUUUACUCCUCUCCUGCUCAACUUGUUGAUAAUCGUAUUUUACAGGGUAGUAAUUCAGUAUCUGUGGACCUUUUGACAUAUGGUGACCUUGAAUCACUUCGAAAUCAACAACAUCACAGAACUGGAUAUGGAACCCAGCACAUACCUGGUGCAAAAACAAGAUCACAACUGCACUCCAAGAGAUAUCUCAUUAUGACAUAUACAGUGGAGUUUGACAGGUUAGAAGUGGGUUGUUGUUACUGUGACAAGGGAGGAUAAUUUUUAAAGGGAUAGGCAAUGUAAAUAAGAGUGUUUUGCUCCAUCUUCUCUGCUCUUUUUCUAUCAGAUGGGAGGGGGAGGGGGAUUGCAAUCAAAUUUAAGAGCCAUAAACAAAUUUGCUUUGGACAAGUUGUAAUAGGGGAAGUUCUAUAGAGAAACUUCUUUGGUCUUGCAAGUAAAGUAUGAAUGUCAAGACUAUUCAGAAUAAUAUGUCUUUAAGACUCAAAGAUUCAACACCGUCAUUCAGUCAUCUGACUGCUCCCUCCCUUCCACUGUUGCUCUUAAAUUAGAAUGGAAAUGAGAUUUAAUAUCUGUCACAACUUUACUUUCAGAAUACAUUACCCUCUUCCUUUACCAUAUGUGGGAAAACCAGAUCCAGUGCAGUUACAGGAAACAAUAAGAAAACUAAGAGAAGAAAACCUAGGUCUGAAAGAGCAGGUAACAUUCGAUCUUAGUGGAGUAUCUCUUGGCCAAGAGCAAGGUGUCUUAGUUGAAUACUUGUUUCUUUGCAGCUUAUCAAAGGCUCAAGAACUGCAGCACUGACACAUCUUCAAAAGGAGUAAGUAGAGUGGUAUGGAGUUUGCACCCCUUUUCUUUUUAUUUGAAUCUACAGUGUGCAGUGCAAUCCUCUUACCUGUUAAAUUUCAAGAAUUUUAAACAAUUUAAGGCUGUGAUAAGAGGUAAUACAGAGGUAAAUUUUAAUGCUAAUUGCCUAAAAAAGAGAACACUGAAUCUGAUGUAGGCUCUUAUAUUGUAACAGUAAUCAGAUAAGCUUCUGUAAGUCCUAGUUACUUUAACUGCUUCUAAAGAGGUUUAGUUAGGGAGAGGGGCUCAUUGGAGAAGGGUGGGACUGGGGUCAUUUAAGAGGUGAGUUAUGCAAGUACAAGAGACGAACUAUUCAAGAGAUAUUACAAUUGUAAACAGGGUUUGUAUGGGUCCUGAAAAACCUGGAAAGUUCCAGAAUUUUCUUUUGACAUUUUCCAGGACUGGUGAAUCCCAGAAAAAGACUUCAGGUCCUGGAAAGUCCUAGAAAGCUGCUUACAUGUAACUCAAGCAAUAAAGUUUUUAGACCAUAAGGAGAAUUUAUUUGAAAUCUUGGGAAUAAAAGGGUCUAAGGAGAAAUUUCUUCUCAAGGAGAAACAAAGGCCAGACUUGAGAGAGAGGCAGAAAUCGAACCUACCGGUAUUUUUUUAUAGAGGGUGGGUUUUUGCCCAUUAAGAAUGGUAGGAUCUUACAGAAUCCUACAUGAUUUUUUAACUUACAAUACAUAGGAUACCUUGUUCAGCUAUCUUAUUUCAACCUUGUACUGAAACAUGUUGGAGUUCUAAUGUAUUGUGAUCUUUUAGGAAUGACAAGUUAACCAAGGAAAAGUUGGAAAUACAAAAACAGUUUGAGGCAUUUCAAAGGGAAGUAAAGCACACCUCAAAGGCAAACACAGCUAAGGAAAUAAGAGUCUUAAAAAAAGUUGUACAGAAUCUGGAGGUAAGAAAAAACAGUAAUAAAUUGAGUACAGUUUACAGAUGAAUUUUAAAAUGUUUCUGCAAACUUUCCAUUGCUAUGUACUCUGUAAUUCUUACUGUCCAGUUGCUCCUCAAUCAGUGUCUGUUUCAUGAAGAUAACUUUCACUUUUACCAAGUGGAUUCUCAAGAGAAGAAUUUAAAGGUUUUCUAAGUUUCCUUACAGAGGGGAAAACUAGAUUUUGUUAUUUUACCAAAUCAGACAAAUAACUUGGUUAAACAAGGUUUCUUUAUCACACUUGCAUAGGAAUGAAUCGCAGUGGGUUGAGAAGGGUUGGGUCUCAGUUUGUCACUUAUCAAUGUUUUUUCUGUAGAGUGAACUGAUGAAAGAAAAAAACAAAUACCAGAGAACAAUAAAUAAGAAGAAUGAAGAACACAGGAAUAUUGUUGAAGAGGUGAGUUACAUAAAUCUCUCUCCUAAUAUCAAGGUUAUUUUUUAUCAAUAGUUUGAACUUGUAGAAUUCUAAAGUAGAAGUCUGCAUCUGCAUUGUUGAGGUGAUUUCAUUACAAACUGGAUUGACCGGAAAGGUUGAUAUCCAAAUAUUUAGCAUAUAUAUCAGUUAAGUUUUUCUUUGUUGGUGAAGUUUUGUUGCUCACAGCUAUUAUUUUAAUUUUCAUGUGCAGCUGGAGGAAAUCCGUGCUAAUGAGCGAAAUUUAAGAGCAAGAUGUAGAAGUUUAACAAAUGAACUUGCUGUGUUAAAACGAGGGUGAGUGUUAUCUGGGUAUUUUUAUUUUAGAUCUCUCACAAACAAGGGAAAUGCUUUGUUACUACAGUCUAUGCCAUCUUGGGCAGAGAUACAACCAUAAUAUCUCCCCUUAAGCCUUUUUUGACUCGAGAUUAUCAGUAAAUGGUGAAACUGUUACAGAAAAAUGUGUCAAAAUCGUCCUUGAGUUAGGUUUUAUUCAUGAAGACCUGUGUAAUGGUUUUUGCUGUUGCUUAGUCCUAGGCCAUCACCAGCCCAAACAAGUGGCUCUGCAACAAGAAGAGGCCGGGCACCACGGAGAUCUAUCUCCCAGGAAAGGAGACCACCGUCAAAGCUAUCAUCCGGCAUGCGCAGUAGAACACCUUCACCAGCUGGUUAGUUUUCGUGUAGUUUCUGAGGUCCAGUCAGGCUGUGAGCCUUUCGCUGAUGUAUCUUUUUUUCCUUAGGUGGCAGACUUCCUCGGUUUGACCCCACAGCGUAUCCUUUUUCUCAUUAGACUGUUCUUUAAUAAAAGGAGAAAAAUGGUGAAUUUCCGGCUCGGUCUUCGAAUGUAAAACGAUGGUAUCUGUUUUGUCUCGUCUGCUAGGCAAAGAACAUAAAUAUGAUUUCCCCAACCGAACCUCAGAUCUUCGGAUUUCGCAAUCCAAUGCUCAACCACUGAGCUAAAAGAGGACUUGUGAAGAGGGGUAAACUGAGCCGUUACAGAAUGAAAGUCUUAUUAGACAUCCUCUUCCGGGAAUAACGUUAAAACAGCGUGCGGGCAGAGGAUUUACGAUUCCUCACCAAAGAAUGCUUUUUCUUUAAGAGUUUUGUGUAGUUAGAUGUUUGUGAGUGUCGGUUAAACUGGGCAUAGGGCCAAGUUGCAUUGGAAGACCACAAUUACCAGAGCCUUAACCAAACUUUAAAAAAAAAAAGACCCUUGGAAUACUACAAGAAAUCCUCAGCAGGGCCUCACUGAAUAAUUAAAAAAGUUUCCUUAACUAAUAAAAAGAUAUGUGAAAGAAAAACAAAGGAAACAGAAGGAGGCGGACGAAGCCAGAGGGUAAGGUCACUCAAGUUUACUUUGUAACUUUGUUAGGAGAAACUAAGACCAAACGAGGUUCAUUUUUAUGUAAAGGGGGUUAGUUUCUGAAAAACAAAGCUAUGGUGCUGCGUCGGUGGGGUAUAACAUGAUAACGUACUGUUAUCAACUGAGUUGAUAACGUAAAUUGGCCACCGUAAAUUGUUUCUAAAGUUGACGUUUUGAGCUUCAGCUCUUCGUCAGAGCGAAUGACCAAGCAAUAAAAAGUAAAUGCAAUAAAAUGUUUCAUUUGUGCGGAGACUGGGAAUUUAAUUGCCCCUAAAUGCGCAUAGGCCGGUUUUUUUUUCUCCCUCAUCACCCCUUUUGCGCUCGCGUUCUUUAAAUAUUAGGCACCUUCUAGUUCGCUCGAGUUCUUGGCAAUAAUGUGGGAGAAAGUAUAAGAUCUGUAAACAGUUUAUUGUUAUUGCUGUAAGCAGAAUAUUUUGAUCAUUUGAUUUUAUCUUAUGACCCGUACAGAUGCGAGUAGGCUUUUAAUGUAUAACAUGAUAGGAAAACUUACUCGAAUAUGGGCUGUACGCGAUCUACGCAAGCAGGCCCGCGCAUUCCCCUUCCGAGAUGCGAGCUAAAAGAGCGGACAAGAAAGGAAGAUGGAAGGGUGUUAUCCAUAUAAUAUAAUGCUCAUUGAAUGAGUAAGGUCGGAUUGAAUGAGUUAAAGUGAUCGAACAAAUAACACGAUAAUACAAAAAAAUUAAGAGAUAGCAAGCAUGGAAUGGAUUUUAUUGACGGUAAUUAAGAGAGUGUAGCUGAUUGUCCCACUGAACUGUCUUGCAAGACUCAAUGACCCUUUCAUUAUUCCAUUACGUAGGAGAAAAAGAUCGCUUUCCAGCGGAUCUGCGAAAAGAGCUCGAUCAAGGUCCCUAUCGGCAGAUCGUUUACCUCGCAAAGGCCCCAGUUCAGGAACGAAGAAUCCCAGCGCCUGGUCGUCAGGUAUAGUCAACUGGUUAAGAGGUAGUUUACAGGAUCACGAGUCAAUAACUUAGAAUUACUUCUAGGCAGUAGGAAAAGUUACGCGAUACAUUAGGCUCAUAAUAUGCUAUAUCUUAAACAUUACGCGAAAGUGGAACGUAAGCAAAAAUGAGCCAGUUAGCCAGUCAGACGUGACGUGACAGUCAGUUAGUCAGUUAAUCACACGACAAGUCCAGUUACUGAAUCGGAACUGUCUUCUGUUCCAUUCAGGUGGUAGAAAAAGAACAUCGUCCAACGGGAGCCUGGGAACAAGGCGAUCGUCCCAGUCUUCGUUAGAGAAGGAUUACAUGUCUGAUGACAUGGAGCAUGCGCUACCACGACGGCCAAGAACCAGGUCUGGAUAGCAAUAAUGGUAUCUUUGCAAUUUACGAUCGCAUGUUGCAUGUUAGAUUGGAACAAAUGUUAAAAAGCAUUGGCGCUUCCAAGGGCAUUGCUUCGCAUGUCGCUGGGUGCCAUUCUCCAUCUACCAACCCAUUGCAUCGCAUAACUCUUUGAGGUUGGCCAAAUGGAAUAAAGCUUUGCUACUUGUUGCUCAAAUUUGAAAUUCCUUCACUAUUUGGGAUUGAUUGACAAGCUCCCAGCCGAGGAGCUGAUUACAAGGUUGUUGAAUCAGGCGGGUCGAAUAAGGCAAGGCCGGCCGACUACAUUUUUCAUGGCUCAUUAAGUUAUUCGCAGUUGUUUGUUUUCUGUUCCAGGCCCAGUAACAGUUCAACAGGGAAGACGAGAGCUGUUGCAAAGAAAAACUCGUGGUACAGCCCUGGGGACUCAGAUAUAGUAUGCGAGGCCUAAUUUCGUUCUUGUUAGAUUCAGUUUGUUUCUUUUGAAUCUUGACAAUGAAGUGGAGGUUUUUGUUAAUUUAGUUUGUUCUGUUUCAGGAGCGAGGAACGGCAGUGAAAGUGGGCAAAGUUCCGUAUCCUUUUGUUUAUUAAUACGACCAGUUUCCUGUUAGCAGUCGGUCAUUCACGACUUGGUCACCCGCGUCAGUUCCCCGCCCUUUUUCACAUUCCUUGGCCUCUCGUUAUAUUUACCUUUGCUCAUUACUUUGAUACUGGGGCACUUCAGCGAAAAGUGUUCAUCGUGGCCACUUUCCCUUUACCUGCAGGCCUCAGUAUUCCAUUAUUUUUUUCUUCAUUAUUAUUCCUUGACGUUUUUGCAGUUAUUCCAGUACUCCUGAGAAUAGUCUUUCACACUCCAGAGCGUCUGAGAAGCGUCAUCAUCGAGGCUCGCCAUUUCGAGGUAAGUGUUAAGUUCAGUGGCUGUAAAUGGUGCAUGGUAAUUUGAAUUUACUCCCCUUGAAUUUGAUUCGGAUUCAGCGCGAACACAUGUUAACUUUCUCUAUUUUUCCUGAAGACAUUGGAAACGAGUCCCUGAACAGGUCAGCGGAAAUGAUGGAAAUUGAUGCGCGGCUGAACGCACUACAGAGGUUUAUGAAAGAAAACAUGCCGUGAUGCUUCGAUAGAUGUGCGACGGUAAUAAUCGGGUGUGGAUAUCCAUUUAACCUCUAGUGUAUCAGAAAUCAUGUAAAUAAUUCAAUGGCCUUGUUUACUGAUUACAAUGAUGGUACAGUAUGGUAGACCAAUUAAUCAUCGUUGCACCAAUAUUUUUAGUAGGAAAUGAUUUCAACAAGUAGUUUUAUUCUGUAUAUACUGUACCGUUUUUCUUAAACGGUGUCGCUG